AUGGCCGAAGGUUUUCAUAAAGCUUUGGAGGAGAUAAAUCGAAAGCUGGAAAAGCUAGACGCUAUCCAAACAACAGUAAAUGAAGUCCAAACGUCCCUUCAAAAAUUGGAAGGAAGAAUACAGAAGCUGGAAUAUUCGCAAACAACCGCCAGCCACGACAUUGAGAACUUGAAAGAAAGCUUAAAUAAAGCUGAGAAGCAACAGCAGAAUUCGACAGCGAGCCUAAAAUUUUACCAGGAGAAAACAGAUCUCGCUUUAACCGAUUUGCAGAAGAAAAAUGUUGUUUUAGAAGCUAAGCUUAAAGAGGUACAAGACAAGAAUCUCUAUUUGGAAGCCUACUCGAGGCGGGAAAAUAUAAUUUUUGAAAAUAUUGUGCAAGAAACAGACAAAGAAGACACUGAAUUAGUUGUUCGCACCUUCCUCGAGACGGAAUUAGGAUACAAAGAUGCAAGCACCGUUGAAAUACAGAGGGUUCAUCGCUUAGGAAAGAAGAAGGAAGAAAAGCCCAGGCAAAUUAUCGCAAGGUUCCUCCGCUAUAAGAACUGUGAAGAAAUUCUAGCUUUGGGCUCCCGUUUGCGAGGAAGCAGAUUUAAAAUGUAUCAAGAUCUACCCUACGAAAUAGUAGCAAGAAGAAGAAAGCAAAUGGACACUUUUAAAGAAGCUAGGAAAAAUAACAUCCCUGCAUCUUUUAGUCGGGCACAACCGGAUAAGCUCUUGAUAAAAGGUAAAAUUUGGCCAGUUGGUAAACCUCUCGAGAUACCAGGAUAGGUGAGAAUGCUUCUUCAUCAUGUCAUUACUCAUUAGGUAACCAAGAUCACGUUAGUAUCGUUUGACCACAUUUGCCACCCGUUAUUAUCAAUUGCUAGAUAAUUAUUUAGGCGAUCGGAAUAGAGGUUCGUAACAGAUGGCGCUUCGGUUUUUCUUAUCUGUCUGUAAGAUUCUAGGUAAAAGUCCUAACUUCCCCCCCAUGUCCCUUUACGAAGAGGUUUCUUAUUUAGUUGUGUUUAUCUGUGCAUGUUCUGUUUGGUUUCUAUGUUUUAAUAGCUUAAUCAUUUGUUUUAGAAGUAAACGCCUAGUACAAAUUCCUAUCAUACCGUGCAGUGAUUGUGGAGCUUUGACACCAGGUGAUGUAAGGCUUCCUCUGCAAAGCUGCCCAAGAGAAUAUCUAUGGCUUUGACAAUAGCAUCACUAAACGUCAGGGGAUUAAGAGACAAUACAAAGCGUAGAGAGGUGUUUAAUUGGCUUCGCAAAAAAAAUUACUCGGCAUAUAUGCUACAAGAAGUCCACUGCACUGAAAAUACUAAUCACGUAUGGUCUGCUGAAUGGGGCUAUCAAGCUAUUUUUAGUACUUAUAAGAGCAAUAAAGCAGGGGUAUGCAUCCUUUUCAACAACAACUUCGAUUUUCAAAUAGAAAAAACUUACACUGACCCCCAAGGACGCUUCAUUAUUUGCGACAUUAAAACCAAUGAAAAGUGUUUUACUUUAGGGAACAUAUAUGCUCCUAAUGAAGACAACCCAACUUUCUUCCUUGACUUCUUUGAUCACCUUGCAGAUUUCAAAUGUGAUGAUAUUAUUAUAGGAGGCGACUACAACCUUGUACUGGAUUUAGAGAAGGACAAGAUGGGUGGUCUUACUAAAACUCACCAAAAUAGUGUUAAAGUUGUUCAAGAAUUCUCUGAGAAACUAGAUCUGGUAGACGUCUGGAGGAUUCUACACCCAGACACUAGUAGAUUUACCUGGAGACAACGUCAUCCAAAAGUACACUGUAGGCUCGAUUUUUUUCUAGUAAGCCAAAGCACAGUUAACAUCACGACCCUCGCAGAUAUCGUCCCAGGUUAUAAAACCGACCACUCAAUGACUACGUUAUGCUUAUCACUACAUUCAAAUCUACGUGGACCAGGUUUCUGGAAACUAAACACAUCUUUUUUAACUGAAUUGGAUUACGUAAACCAAAUUAAAACAACGAUUCAGGAAACACUCGAUGAGUACAAAAAUGACGAAUCGGUAAAUCCUUCACUUCUUUGGGAAAUGAUAAAGCUAAAAGUGCGCGAAAAAUCGCUCCGCUACUCCAAGAGCAAAACAAAGCAAGCUAAACAACGCGAAACAUUUCUGGAACAAACAAUUGCCAGAUUAGAAGCGGAUCUCGAUAAUAAAAACUCCGAUGAAAUGCACUCCUUACACCUGGAGGAACAAUUGAAUGAAAGCAGGCUUGAGCUUGAAAAGAUAAUUGAAAUCCGCACCAAAGGCGCAAUUUUGAGAUCUAAGUCUAAAUGGUAUAAUGAAGGAGAGAAAAACACCAAGUAUUUUCUUAAUUUAGAAAAACGACACUACAAGCAAGGGACAAUAAGUCAAAUUAAAAUAAACGAUAGCGAAUUUGUCACCUCGGAUAAAAAAAUAUUAACUGAAUGUGUGGCGUUCUAUAAAAAUCUCUACUCAUCCAAAGGUAACACAUACAACCAAGAUGGUACAACUGUUUUCUUUGAGGGUGGUGAUGAAAGAGCCAUUGACGAACAUGAAUUAACUUCGUGCGAAGGAGUUUUAACUGAAAAAGAGUGCCUUGAGGCUUUAAGAGAUAUGGAAUCAGAAAAGACCCCUGGGACCGACGGCCUACCAGCCGAAUUUUACAAAGUGUUUUGGAAAGAUGUAUCCAGCACCCUAAUUAGCGCACUGAACUACGCUUAUGAAACUGGAAAACUCUCAAUAACCCAGAGAAGAGGAAUUAUCAAACUUAUCCCUAAGAAAGACGCAGAACCGUUCUUUAUUAAGAAUUGGAGACCCCUAACCCUCCUGAACAGCGACUAUAAAAUAGCGGCAAAAUCAAUUGCUAAUCGCUUGAAACCUCUCCUCCCUGAUCUCAUUAAUUACGACCAGACUGGCUUUAUAAGAGGUCGUUUUAUCGGAGAAAACAUCCGCCUUAUCGAUAGCGUUAUUUGCUACGCUAAAGAAAACAAUAUACCAGGAUUACUUUUGUUUUUAGAUUUUGAAAAAGCUUUUGACACGAUAGAAUGGCCUUUCAUUAGGAAAACCUUUCAACAUUUUGGUUUUGGUAGUAGCAUCUUAAAAUGGCUAAACCUUUUCUAUUGCUGCCCAGAAAGCUGCGUUUUGAAUAAUGGUUGGGCGAGUGAUUUUUUUGAAAUCCAAAAAGGUGUAAGGCAAGGCUGUCCCCUCUCACCUUAUCUGUUUGUUCUGGCAGUAGAAGUUUUAGCUAAGGCAAUUCGUGAAAAUAAAAGUAUUAAAGGGAUCUUUGUAAACGGUAAAGAAAUAAAACUAAGUCAGUAUGCAGACGAUACAACUCUUAUACUAGAUGGAACAAAGGAAUCGUUAAUAGCCUCUCUCAAAACACUGGACGAUUUUUAUGAAGUCUCUGGCUUAAAACUUAAUGACAAAAAAACAGAAGCCUUUUGGAUUGGGGCAAAUUGUAACAAAGAUGAAAUAUCAAUUGUCGGAAGAAACUUUAAAUGGCCGAAGUGUAAAGUUAAAGCUUUAGGUGUCUGGUUUUCAAAUGAUCCGGAAGCAACUGCAACUUUAAAUUAUAAUGAAAAACUAGAUAAGGUCCGGAAUGUUUUGAGCUGCUGGAAAUACCGUAGACUUACCCUAGUUGGAAAGAUAACGGUCCUAAAAAGUCUGGUUGCCUCUCAGCUCGUUUAUGUGCUCUCACCUUUACAUACAAAUGUGAAAAUUAUCAAAGAAGUAAACAAGUUAUUUUUUUCAUUCCUCUGGAAUGGAAAAGGAGAUAAAAUCAAACGAGACAUUAUAACAAACGAUUAUGCUAAUGGAGGACUUAAAAUGAUAGACAUACAGUCUUUUAACAAGUCCCUGAAAGCUACAUGGAUUAAAAAAUAUCUGGAUGAAGAGAACCAGGGAAAAUGGAAAUAUUUUUUUGAUAUAGAGUUAGAGCGAUUUGGAGGCACAAUAGUCCUCACUAGUAAUUUAAACAAGAAAGAUACCAUUGAGAAUCUCAAGAUUAAGAAUAACUUUAUAAAAGAGAUACUUUCAAUCUGGGCGGAAGUCAAUUUUGAUGAAAACAUAACGUCCGAGAAACAAUUUCUUGAACAAACUUUAUGGUACAACUCACUCAUUAGAAUCGAUAACUGCCCCGUCUUCUAUCGUGAAUGGUUUGAUCGAGGCGUUACGAAAGUGAAACAUUUGAAAGAUGAACAUAACAAAUUUUUAUCACUAGCUGAGCUGCAGCAAAAAUACAGCCUCAAAGUUUGUCUUUUAAAGUAUUUCGGACUAGUGUCUGCUCUAAAAUCUCUUUGGACUACAUGUAAAACAAACUGUAUCAAAAACUGCAACAAUUAUGAAACCUUUGUAGUAAGAUUAACAGAAUGCCAAAGUGCGAGCAAACUUGUAUACACCAAGUUGCUUUCUACAAAAUGCAAGUUACCAUCCCAUAAUCAACAGAAAUGGCUAAAAGACUGCAACGAAAAUGAUGUGGAGGCGAUUAAUUGGCGGGAAGCCUACCAGUUGGCCGCUAAAUAUACUAAAAGUACAAGAAUUAUUGAAUUCCAAUAUAAAUUUUUACAUAGACGAAUAUCAACGAACGACUUCUUAACAAAAAUUGGCGUAAAAGACAACCCAAAUUGUUCUUUUUGUAAUAAUGAACCGGAGAAACUUCUUCAUCUUUUUUGGUCUUGUCCUAAAGUGGCCUUUUUCUGGCAUAGUUUAUCUCUUAAGCUGACUUUGCUCCACAUUACACCGGAACAUUACACAUUAGAUAUAUUUGUUGCACUUGGUCUAAAGCCGGAUUCUUCAAAAAACUGCCAGCAAAUUAAUUUCCUUUUCCUUCUAGCCAGAAAUUACAUCUGGAUUAGCAAAAGAAGGGAAACCUCGCCAAAGAUAGCAGGCUUCCUGCAAUACCUCAAAUCAUUCUACCACAUAGAGACCACUGCAGGUCCCAUUUUACCAAAAAAAUGGGAAAAUGUGAGCUCCUUAUUUCAGUAAGCCUUUGAUUUUGUAUACAUUUGUAUAUCUCGAUCCUCUGCUCAUUUUCUCCAGCAUUAACCUGGUGUAUCUUUUGCUUCACAAUCGCUGCCUCUUUAAGACACUUAAGAUAUAAGUGCGUUUACCGUGAAUGUUUGGUUUUGUAAAUGUUGGUUUUGAAGUACAAUUACUAAUUAGAACUGCUUGUAAAUAGUGCAUUGUAGUGCGAGUAGUGAGUAGGUAGUGUUGUAAGUACUGAGUAUUGUAAGUCUUUACAUUGUAAACAGAGUAAGUACCUUAGUCUAUUGUAUUCUAAAUAUUGUAUUGU